GGCGGAAUAAUGAAACAACUGAAAGCGUUCAGACUAAAACAGGCAACAGUUGUGACACAUCAAGAGUUCAAUAAGGCUCUUGUAAAUGCUGUACCAGCUCUACCAGACGACAGUCCCUUACGAACUCUAAUGGAAAACUACGUUAUGUUGACGCUCACUGACAAGUUUAUGCCUCUGUGUCGUCUCUACCUGUUAGUUCACACCAGGGCAGCGACAAUGGCUAACUCUCUGGACGAUUUACUGCAGACAGUUGUUGCAAGCUAUGCUAAAUGCCAGAGUGGACGUGCAGAAGAGAGUCAACUGAGAAUACUGAGUGAAGGCAUCGAUGCUUUCAACUGUAUUGUGACAGCAACAGACGGAGAGUUAAGUGCAAAUCCGGAAUUGUCUAACGACACUUUUUCUCCAAUCGACGAAAAAACGUCAUUACGAUACGUUUGUUCUCUACCAGAACCAUCCGCACCAGACGCGCUCUAUCGAGCUAUGUCCAGACUAUCGACCGCUCAUGCAACCGUCUUGGACUCUUUUAGAGCGUACAGAAGCUAUUGUGAGGACGAGAAAAUUAAGAGACUUUUAAGUUUGUGUGACUUGGAUGAAGCACGAGAAACGGAAAUUGAAUUGGCUUCUUUUAACGGUGACGGCCUUAUCACUCUGGAACGAAACGAGUUCGAUACAUUGCUUUCUACGUGUCAAACGGACACCGAACAAGAAUUUCUUUCGUUUGAUUUCAGCAAAGUAGAGCGUCUCGUCAUUCAACAGUUUAUCAUGCAAGCAAGGCGCAUCGAUAUUCAAAGAUGCCGUACGAAGCUGGUUUUGCAGUCUCCAUUAGACAGCGAACAAAGACCGAGUCGUUCUCCUUCUCCCAAGUUGCCCGACUUUCUUACCGUGCAGCCUUUGUCGAAGCAAUUUCAGAAAAGUCUGAAUGACAAACAAAGGAGACAUCUGGGGCGGGAGAUCGCUGAGAAGACACUCGACGAAUGCGUCGAGCUGUUGGAAAAUCUUUCUGUGCUUGCUUCUGCCGUCUCUGUAAGUACAUCUUGUGAGAACAUCAAUGCUAUGUCGCUGGCACAGUUUGCUGGAAAGCAUAACCUCAAAAUCUCUUGUCUUCAACGGUGUCCGAGAAUGGCAGCGACGACGCUAGAAUAUCUUAAGAGCGUCCAUACAUUGCUUUCAAAGCAUUUAGUGGAUUGCCGCUAUUUUUAUGCGCAUCUCCGUUCUCUUCCUAGAGAGCCCCUUCCUCAGAGUGACGCCAACGACGUGAGCACCGCUCUUGAUCGUUUGUCGUCGAAAUCGCCCGACGCGAUGCUCCAGCAUUGUGAAUGCUUUACUAAACUCGUCCAGGAAUGUUUUCCCGAUAUUCAACUCAAGGUAGAGUCUUCGUUGGUCGACGUAUUGUUGUCUUCUUGUCAGACUAGCUAUCGAAGAGAAUUUUCUGAGAACUUGGUGAUGACGUGCAUUCCACCGACCGUCUUGGUCAAGCACAUUUCUGAUAUUCUUACGUUUGUUGUGAGAACGGAUGCAAGCACGAGGCAGAAAUUGAUAGACGCAAGGGAGCGUGUCAUGUGGGGAUUCAAAAGCAAGCACACGCCUGCUAUCUCCGAUGAUCAUAUGUGGAAAGAUCUCUGCCUACCGCAAGGUGACACGACUACUCUUUCUGACUGUGUGUUUAGUCACGGGCCAGAAAUGUGGAAGAGUUGUGAAUACCGGCGAGCGUCCCUUUUCUCUUUCAACGCCGAGGUUGUGCGUGUGUGUGAUAACGUUUUUCCCAUGCAGUCUGUUGUCGUGCUUGACUCUUCUACCAGCCGAAAGCCUCGCAAGUAUGACAUUCGCGACGGUAAAAGUCAAGGAGACGGGAAAUUUACAGUUCGACACAGACUGUGUCAGUCGGAUGGAGAGAAACUGACUAACAAAUCGUAUUUGGUGCUCAAAGACGACGAACAACCGUUGCCCGAUUCGUCUACCAAUGUCGUGACUAUGUUGAAAUUUUCUCGAGCUACGACGAGGGUCGUAUGCAUCCACGUCUACGGAGACCACGUGAUCAGGGGUCGGUCUAGUAAGUUGAACGCAAGAGUGGAGACCACACGAGACGGAUGUGUCUUUAAUGCCGAGUUUGCUGCCGUUGCUACAGUGGCAGACGUCUUGUCUGUUGUUCUCACGUUUUGUUGUGACGCCAGCAACUGGGCACUCGUGACGGGUGUCAUCCAUCUCAGAGACGGAAAAGUGCUCGACAAUGACAAACGUCUAGAACAAUUAUCCUCCCAUCAGCUACAACACAUGUGCUGCAACACGUCCGCUAAACGUCUCUUUAAAUGUACUCGUUUCUCGACUUCUCGACUGACUUGUUGUAGCGUCAUUCCAUCCCGAAUGCGAGACUUUAUCUGUCACGUGUUGCAGGACGUACCGCACCUGCCCGAUGCGCAAGACAUCGACAUUCAUUCUUUCUACUUGUGGCCUCCUCUUGAUGACGAAGCACUCUGCAAUACGAUCCGCGAGGUGUGUGUUAUUCCUCGCGAGUCGAUACGCUCUGUGCACGUUAGUCCCGAUAGUAACACGACCGAACCGAUCCGUCGACUUCCCGCCCUGCUGACGACGACAAUGAAAACUGCGGCAAGUUACGCGUCAGAAAUGUCUGGGAUACCGUUUGAUGCUCAGAUCGUUACCAGCUCGUCCGUCUUGUAUCCUAUCGCGGACUACGUGUCCGUCGGUUAUGCUGCAGAAAGAUACGGACAUCAACGUCAAUCGGAGCCACACAUUUGUCUUACAAAACUUCCGCGAGAAUGGCGAGUUAUAGUUUCAAAGUCUUCGCGAGAUUUUUCGGUGUCCGUGCCUAACAAUUGCGUCGUUACUCGACUGCUCGAUCAGAUCUUGAAGGUCACAGAAAUGGAGGAGAAACAUGGACGAGUGUCGGUGGCGGACGGUAGGAAGCAGCUGUUGUUGAUUGAUUCUCGAAGUAUGUGUGUGUUGCCUCGUUUGCUGCAUUUGCCGUUUUGCUACGUCAGUAACGCAACGUUUGAGCCUCGAAGUUUGACGCUAAGGGAAAAGUCUAACGCGGAAACGUUCACGUUAGACGUAGAGACACUCUGUCUAGACGACGAGACGGACAGUAGAUGCAGAACCAGUCGAUCUUACCGACUGUGUCUACCUCGACAGCAAACGAAUUCGCUACCGAUCUCGACGAUUGAUGAUCUUGUCGACUUCUUGUCGUGGCUACCGGAAUAUGUCGAUGCGUUUUCAUCUCUUCACCCACCCGUUCUACGUCUCGCGUCUUGCCCAGUCUGGUUGAAAGGAGACGUAGAAUUAGAAGACUACGUUAGAAAGGUUGCUUCGUUACACCGCAAGUGCAUACCAUUUCAGCUCGGAUAUUCCAACGGUUUGGACAUACGACAGAUCAGUCCGCUCACCCUAACGUUCGUCCACGCCGACAACAUGGGCACGAAGUUAUCGGGCACGAUUGUCGAUACGUCGAUCACUGUUGUUCAACUUCGUCGAUUUGCCGAGACGUUUUUCGGUCUCGAUGAGCAGGCGAUUGUAGCUUUGGACACGCACAACGAGCCGAUGAGCUUGCAAGACAACUGGACGUGGAAUGAAGUUGUCUCUCGUUUUCGAGCACAUGAUGAUGGUCAUGGGACAGCAGACGUGACGCUUAGGCUUGUUCAACGAUCUGAAGAAAAAUCGACGGACGACCCAGCGAGUCUCUUAAGCUUCGAGGGCGUGCCGACAAGUCUGACGGUGCGGGUGAAGGAUUCGACUAGGACGUGUGAAAUUGCUCUUACAGACAGUUGCAAUGUGGGAGAUAUUAUUCAGUUGUCACUGAAUGAACUCGCUCUGUCUGAAAAGGUGGACUCAAGCAAGUGUGUUCUCUGUAUCGGAAUUUUUGAAGUAGAAGAUAGAAAUUGGACUCUGAAUGACAUUGUAGGGGAAGACUGGAAGCACAUUGAACUCGAACUCAAAUUGCCACCACUGUUAUGAAAUGGAGGUCGAUACGAAUGAUUCAUGAUAUCAGUAUUACAUGUAUUGUCGCUAAUCAAGCUGUUAUUGCCUUAUCUAUUCUACUUAUGUACCUGGAGGGUAUGCUAUAGAGCUGAGAUGAUUUAUCCAUGCUGAGAUGCGGAUGUUGACCAAUGGAACUAGAAACGUAUUUCAUACUAAGAGACUAACUUUCUAUCAUGACAGCUGUUUGCAUGUAUGCAUUGACUGUUGAUUGUUGAUUUUGUAUUCUGUGGGUUUACUGUUUGUAUUUGUAUUGCAUUAUCAUAGCCAAGCGGAUAUACGGGAGAGUUUUGGGUCAUG